AUGUCUGCGUUGUUUAAUUUCCAGUCGCUUCUUCAGGUCAUACUAUUGUUAAUAUGUACAUGCACAUAUGUCCAUUCUACCUGGCCAACGUUAUUGAAUAAGAAUAAAACCGGAGCCUUUGGGGUAUUUUGGAAGUUUGCAAGAAUUGGAGAGAGAUUGAGUCCAUAUGUUGCCAUAGGAUGUUUUAUUAUGGCUUUUAAGGUAUUAAGUUCAUGA